AUGGCUUUAGAGAACCACCACCAGCUUCACUUCAUUUUAGUACCUUUUAUGGCCCCAGGCCACUUCAUCCCCUUGAUUGACUUGGCCAAAUUAUUGGCACAACAAGGCGUGACUGUCACCGUCGUCACCACUCCUGUCAUUGCCUCCAGGUUCCGCCCCAUCAUCGACCGUGUGAUCGAAUCAGGCCUCCCCCUACGCCUUCUCCCUCUCCGGUUCCCAUCUGUGGAGGCCGGCCUGUUGGAGGGGUACGAAACUUUAGACGCUAUUCACUCUCUAGACCUUACGAUGAAAUUCUUCAAGGGCAUCGACAUGUUGCAACAACCAUUCGAGCAGUUGUUUGAAACGCUCGAGCCAUGUCCCAGUUGCUUAAUAGCCGAUAAAUAUAUUGCAUGGAUAGGAGACACUGUUCGUAAGUUUGGAAUUCCGAGAAUUCUUUUUGAUGGAAUGAACUGCCUCACUCUCUUAUGCGCACACAAUUUAGAAAAUUUUAAAGAUUCUGAGAAUGUUUCCGAGUCAGACUCAGAGCCGCUCGAACUUCCUGGCUUGCCUGAUAGAAUUGAGCUAACUAAAGCUCAGUUGGCUAUGUUUUUCAAUCGAAGUUCACCAGAAUGGCAAGAUUUUUGGAAUCGAAUAAAAGCUGCCGAAGCUGAAGCAUAUGGGGUGGUGAUUAACAGUUUUGAAGAGCUAGAACCGAGAUAUGUCGACGAGUUUCGAAAGGUGAAAGGAGACAAAGUUUGGUGCGUUGGGCCGCUGUCGUUGUGCAACAAAGACAACUUGGAUAAGGCUCAGAGAGGAAACAAGGCUGACAUCGACGAAAACCAAUGUUUGAAGUGGCUCGAUGAGCAAGAGCCACGCUCCGUGGUCUACGCAUGCCUUGGAAGCAUAACUAACCUCUCACUAGCUCAGUUAAUCGAGCUAGGUUUAGGCUUGGAGGCUUCGAAACACCCAUUUGUGUGGGUUAUAAGAAGCGGAUACAAGGCGGCAGAGAUAGAGAAGUGGGUGGAAGAAGACGGAUUCGAGGAAAGAACGAAAGGGAGAGGGCUUCUGAUUCGAGGCUGGGCACCGCAAAUACUCACAUUGUCGCACCUGGCUGUGGGGGCUUUUUUGACACACUGCGGGUGGAAUUCGACGCUGGAAGGGGUGUGUGCCAGUGUGCCGAUGAUAACGUGGCCUAUGUUCGGUGAGCAGUUUUUGAAUGAGAAGCUAGCUGUGCAGCUUUUGGUGAUCGGAGCGAGUGUUGGCGUUCAGACAGUUGGGCGCAUGUUUGCGGAAGACAAGUGUGAGAAGUUGGUGGAUAGAGAGGUUGUUAGGGCUGCUGUGGAGAAAGUAAUGAGUGAAGGAAUAGGAGAAGAGACAAGACGAAGGGCAAGAGUACUUGGGGAGAUGGCAAAGAAGGCAAUGGACGAAGGGGGUUCUUCAUACUUGAAUAUGAGAUUGUUCAUUCAAGAUGUCAUCAAACUAGUUAGCCACAAGGACUCAACACAAGAACGUGGGUUGGAAAAUUAUUAGCUAUUCUUGUAUUACUAUAUUAUCUAUAUAAUAUAUUCGACAAAUAAGAAAUUAUAAUAUGCAUAAAGUAGAUAAUCGCUUGUCUCUUAGCUAACUAAUGAAAGUGAAUCAACAAAAUUUUCUUUUUA